AUGCAACCCCCAGCUGGCCCCACGCACACCCAAAACACGCCCUCCCAGCAGUUUCGCGGUCGAGACUCGCGAGUCGUCAGCAUCUACGACAAGUAUCUCUACGAUCCAAAGGACCUCGAGAGCUCAGAUCCCCGUCGACGCGAACUCGCCAGAAAGGCCAGCAGGAUGCGUCUCCAGGGAAAGGCCGCCAACGUGCACGAGGCCAACGGCCAGAACCCGCCCCAGCGCAAGAGCAUCGCCUUCGCCCAAGGCACAAAGACGCGCGACCGGCCGCAGGACGGCCCGGCACCCGACCGAGACUCGGGCGCAUGGGGUCUUGGCAUGGGCAUGCUCGACGACAACGCCUCCGGCUCCGACUCCGACAGCGAAGACGGCCACCGCCCUCCUCCGCGUUCCGCCCCCGUUCAGCAAACAGACAAUCGCUUCGCCGACCAGCAGAGUUCCCGAUCUGCUUCGGCUGAGCGAGGUAGCUGGUCGGAGCGAGCUGCGGCCGUCGGACAGAGGCCCCCGGACAACGCUUCGCAGAACCCUCCGAGUUUGAAGUUGAUGGGCCUCAAGAGCGCCAAGAACGGCGGCAGCAUCCCUCCAGCCCCCCCACAGCAGACGCUCGAUUCCAGCUAUGGUACCGACUCAGAGAGACAGCGCAGGAUCCCCAGCACUAGCGACUACGGCGACAACACCUCUCGCCAUGGAAGCACGAUCAACUUUGGGGCUGGCCACGACUCGCUCGACUCAAGUGGGGCGCCGGGACAGCAGCGACUUCAGCAGCCCGCCAAUGCCAACACCUCUGACUCGCAGAAUCGCCGCCCGAUCAGCCCCAAGACGGAGCUCACUCGACAGCUCGGCCUAGUGACCCCGAAUGCACCGCCGCCGGGCCAUCCACAGCAGGGCGACUACUUUCAGGGAGCGACCCACGGCCAAGGCGUUGCGCCUGCGCCUGGGAACUUCAGCGGGCCGUCUCCGCCUCGCUCUGCAGGCCCAACGAACCCGUUCGACAAUCCUCACAACCCUCCGCCUCCGCAGCACGGCGGGCGAGCACCUUCUCCGAUGGCACCGCCUCGAUCGCCAGGAUUUGCGCCAGGUCCCGCAGGGCCAUUUCCGCGUGGAGCACAAGGGGGCAUGCCGCCCAAUGGACGGAUGCCCUCGCCAGGCAUGGCCCCGCCGAGCCCGUACGGUCCGCCCGGUUCGAUGCCCCGUGGCCCUUCACCGCAACCUAUGGCUCCACCCAAUGUGCCUCCAAACGUGCUCCAGCGUGGGCCGCAGCCCGGUCCUCACCCGCAACAGCAGAUGCUCUCGCCUUCCGGUGGGCCGGUGCGCUACGCCAAUGGCCAGGGCCCGCCCUCGCCUGGUCAUGGGCCCAUGCCGAUGCGUGGCCCUUCGCCCGGACCGGGACCUAUGCGAGGACCGCCGCCUGGGCCUGGUCCGAUGCGAGGGCCUCAACCGACAGGCCCGGCCGGCCCGAUGGGUCCCAACGGCUUUGCUGGCGGGCCGCAGCCUCCUCAGCAGAGGAACAUGGGCCCGGGCUUCUCGGACUCUCCUGGCCCUCAAAAACGUCAGUCGAUCUUCAGAAGGAGCAUGGCCUUCUUCAACGGAGCGCCUGGUCCGGGCUCUCAGGGUCCAGCUGGCCAGCAUGGACCGCCGGGCGGCGCGCCCGCCGGCAAGCGCCAGAGCCUGUUCCGACGAAGCAUGGCCUUCCUCGGCGGCAACGGCGGACCGCCGCGAGCCCAGCCACCUCCUCCUGCGGAUCCCGUCCCUCGCGUCAAAGGCUUCGAAGACGACACUGAAAAGCCCGACCACAGUCGCAAGUCGCAGUUCCUGGGUGCCGGAGGCGCAGGCUUCGAGUGGGACGCGCAGGGCCAGGGAGCCAAGUUCUGGCGCCGAUUUUCGGUCGCUCAAAAGACGGCCCACACGCAGAAGAUGGAGGAGGGCUCAAAGGCCUGGCACGAGACCAUGGCGGUUGGCAAGAGGAAGCUCAUCGUCCUCACCGUUAUCUCGCUGACGAUCUUGGUCGGCACGAUCGUCGGCAUCAUUGUCUGGCGCGAGAUGGUGAGCCCCAGCGGGAACAAGGACUCGGGCCAACCCGGCAGCCUGUACCACGGCAACUUUGGCGACGGCACGACGCCAUCCAGCACCGUGUCUGGCGCCCUCGACAGGAGGAUGGCGAUGCCGACCGGUCUGGCCAAGCGAGUCACCUACUCUGGCGAGGAUGGCGACCGCGGCGACGACGAGGUGUCGGCUCUGCAAAAUGUGUCUUCGCCCGUCGAGCUUUCUCUCGACGCUCCGCGCAAUCUGCCGAUGCGACAUCGUCGAAGGCGGUCUAAGGCGGCUUCGAGGGCGGCGGCACCGCAGAGCGGUUCGCUGGCCGACAUCGACUGA